AGAAUUGUAUUCCUCCAUGGUCGGCGAAUCAUGAUGUUGGAUUCAGGUACCUGAACCGGAUCGGCCCUAGGCGACACCUUCACAGCUUCACUGUUGGGCGUCUUUCCUGCUCCCACUGCAAGCCUUUGAGACCUGCUACCUGGGCACGCGGGGAGAGAGAGAGAGAGAGAGGUGGUGAUGGUGUGGUGGAAAAAGGGCAAGAAGGUAGUCGGUGAGUCGGUCCUGCUGGGGAUGAAGGUGGGUAAUGGUGGUCUUGGGGGGGGUGGUGGUGGUGCGCCCAUCAAUUGGUUCCCCGGCCACAUGGCCGCUGCUACCCGUGCCAUCCUCAAGCGCCUCAAGCUCGCCGACCUCGUCAUUGAAGUCAGAGAUGCUCGUAUUCCUUUGUCGUCUGUGAAUGAGGAUCUUCAACAUGUCAUUUCACGCAAAAGACGUGUUAUCGCUCUUAACAAGAAAGACUUAGCAAAUGCAAAUAUAAUGCAGAAAUGGAUGCAGCAAUUUAGCAUGUCCCAGCAGGACUGUGUUUCUAUAAAUGCACAUGAAAAAAGUUCAGUCAGAAAGCUGCUUGGCUUGGUGGAGUUUAAAUUAAAGGAAGUUAUCUCAAGGGAACCUACACUUCUGGUCAUGGUAGUUGGGGUUCCUAAUGUUGGAAAGUCCUCUCUUAUUAACAACAUACACCAAAUAGCAUCAGGCCGAUUUCCAGUGCAGGAAAAGUUGAAACGAGCCACUGUGGGACCUCUGCCGGGGGUUACUCAAGAUAUUGCAGGAUACAAGAUCGCACACCAACCUAGUAUCUAUGUUCUUGACACACCAGGUGUAUUGGUUCCAAGCAUUUCAAGCAUUGAAACUGGCCUGAAGCUAGCUCUAGUAGGAUCUGUUAAGGAUUCUGUAGUAGGUGAAGAACGUCUUGCAGAAUACUUGCUAGCAACUUUGAAUACAAGAGAAGUACCACUCCAUUGGAAAGAAAAGGCCAGCUUACAAAGUUUUGGUGAUAAUCAAGGUACUGGAAAAAAGACGACAUCCAAGGCGGGUGAGGACCUGGUGAGCAACGUGCAGAGAGCAUUGUAUACAACAUAUAGUGAAUUUGAAGGUGAUUUGACAUGCGAGGAUGACUUAGAAUGCUUGAUUGAGGAUCAGUUAAUUUCCCUGCAAAAAGCAAUGAGAAUUCCUCAGAAGGCAGGAGAUGAGGCUCGUUGCAUGGUCUCCAAGAAGUUAUUGGCCUUAUUUAGGCUUGGAAAACUGGGGAACUUCACCCUCGACGUUGUUCCAGAUAUUGCUAAACAGAUCUCUUAAAUCCCCUAUCUUCUAUCAAAUUUUGCAACUUAUAAAUAUGGCGCCCGUUUUCUACAAUUUGCACUUGUGUAUUACGUUGAUGUAAUAGCUUUUGCAUGUUAAUUGCAGUCAUUUGGUGCUAUGGCAAUAACAUGCCGAACAAACUCAAUUGUUUUGGUGCUAUGGCAAUAACAUGCCGAACAAACUCAUUGGUCUCA